AUAUCUACAAGAUAUGAAUGACGGUUACUUUGAAACCGCCAUUUAGUAUUUUAUAAAAAUGUUUUCCGCUACAAAAUAUACACCUACACCAAGAAAAUUAAGAAGAGAAAAAACUACAGUCUCUACAUCCAGCUCAGAUGCAGAAAAAGAUCCUGUUCAUGUAUAUUGUAGACUGCGCCCACUAAGAGACUCCGAUACAAAUACUUGUAUGAAUCUGUUGUCUCCACAAGAAAUUUGUGUGUCCAGUGAAUCUAAAGGUGUUAGAAGAGAUAUAUCCUACAAAUUUAGACAUAUUUUUACUGCAUAUUCUACACAAAAAGAAGUUUUUGACCAUGUAGCUUAUCCUUUACUGGAUGACCUUUUAAAAGGGAAAAAUGGGUUAUUGUUUACGUAUGGUGUGACAGGCUCAGGAAAAACGUAUACUUUAACAGGUGAUCAUAAUAAUCCCGGAAUUAUGCCCAGAUGCAUUAACACCAUAUUUAAUUCCAUUGGUGAAUUUCAAACACCAAAAUUUAUUAUAAAGUCAGACAGAAUGAAUGGUUUUGAAAUACAAACUGAAGAUGAUGCCAUGCAAGACAGAUUAUCAGAAAAUCGAUUUAUAUCUAAGACUCCUAAAAGUGCUAGGAAAGUCAAUGGUGAUAAAGUCUUUACCAAUGAUGGCAAUAGAAUCCCUGUUUUAAAUGAGAUGAAUGCCUAUGCAGUAUUUAUUUCUUAUGUAGAAAUAUACAAUAACAAUGUUUGUGAUCUACUGGAUGAUUCUACCAGUGGAAAAACUUUACAAAACAAAAUAUUGAGAGAAGACCAAAAUCGUAAUAUGUAUGUAAAUGGAGUUGUAGAAGUAGAAGUUAAAACAGCCCAAGAAGCUUUUGAUUUGUUUGCUAUAGGUCAAAAACGUAAAAAGAUGGCUUAUACCAAUCUGAAUUCAGAGUCUAGUCGUAGUCAUUCUGUUUUUAAUAUUAGAGUUGCACAGUUGGAAAAAAUAACAACAAAUGAACAAGGAAAAGUUGUUAUACCAGAAAGGAACUUCCUUACUGUGUCCCAGUUAAGUUUGGUAGAUUUAGCAGGUUCUGAAAGGAGCAAUAGGACUCACAAUACAGGAGCAAGAUUAAAAGAAGCUAGUUGCAUAAACAAUUCACUAAUGAACCUAAGAACCUGUUUGGAGAUCCUUAGAGAGAAUCAGCGUCUCAAGGGCAAUAAAGUGGUACCUUAUCGUGAUAGUAGACUUACUUAUCUCUUUAAAAAUUAUUUUGAAGGAGAUGGAAGUGUUCAAAUGAUAGUCUGUGUAAAUCCAUCUCUAUCUGAUAUGGAGGAGAAUAUCCAUGUGAUGAAGUUUGCUGAAAUGACUCAGGAUGUUAAGAUUCUUAAGUCGGAGCCUAGGGCAACUCCAAUUUCAACUAAAAAGGUCAUUUCAAAGAGAGUUGCAACGCCAGCAAGGAUUAAAAAAGGUGGACUAUUCUCUGUUGUACCAGAAAUACCCGUUUUCAAAUUUGAUUUCAAUGAAGUUGAAGAAUGUGGCUCUAUUAUAAAUAACAUACUAAUGGUUCUAAAACAUUCCAAAUCAAAACACAAGGACCUCGAUAUAGAAAUAAAGAAAACUGAUAAAGACUUACGAAAACGACUUGUUGAUUUUGAUGCAAAAAAAAUGGGCAAUAAAGUUGAGAUUAGAAAUUUGACUAAUCUGCUUCAGAGGCAACAAACAAAGAAUAAUAAUCUAGACGGGAAAGUUGCUCGACUGGAAACUGAAGUUUGUACUUUGGUUACUAGAAAUAAAGAAUUACAGGAUAUUAUCAAAUCUUUGCACAACAAAGUUAACGAAAAGGAUUUAAAACUGAAUCAAAAUAUAUUGGAAAGAGAACGCACUAAACAAAAAAUAGCACUAGCUAGCGAACAAAUGAGCCAAGAACUUGACGCUAAGCUGAAGAAACAACGAGAACAUCUUAAUGCGGCGAUGCUAGCUAAAGAAAUUCAGCUGAAAAAGGUCAGAGAAGCUUUAGAAACUGAAGUUAUCAUUGAUACGAAUGAUGUAGCGAUCGAAAAUAUCCCACCGUCUUCUGUACUAACUCCGAAAACGAAUUCGGAUUAUUCCCACAGAAAUAUGACACCCUAUACACCAAAAUCAAGGAGGAGAUCGAAAUCUGCUGGAGAAGAGCUUUGGCUCGAACAUAACUCCAUUCAGCCGGUACCGCUAGGAACAGUAUUACAACCUUCAAUGAAGAAACGCAAGUCUGUGUCCAAGCUCACCAAAGCUUCGGAUAUCUUGAACUCCAAACAGUCAAAAUAUUGUUUAUUAGCCCAGGAACAAGAUACUGACGGUGAACUCGAAACCAAACUCUACAAAGCUGAUAUUUUGCCUACGACUGGAGGAGGUGCACAAGUUAUUUUUAAUGACGUGGAAAGAUUGAGGCAGCAAUCUCCUACAGCUUGAUAAAAAAGUUAAAGAAGAUACAUAAAUAUUUUUUAUUUUAUAUUAAAGGUUUUAUCUGGGGUACUGACAGUAUUGUAGCUAUGUUUUUUUAUACUUUUUUAGUUUUUAAGUGAAAUAAAACUACUUUUAUAU